UUGAGGGGCGGUUUGAACCGUUGGAAACCAGGGAAACGGGGAGCGCGCGGAGCCCGAGAGGGAGAGAGAGAGAGAGAGAGAGACACAGAGAGAGACACAGAGGCUUCACAGCGGGAGCGAGUGAGUCAGUCCCUCUCCGUAAUAACCACCGUUCGCCGUCAUCACGUUAUCAGAUUAUAAUUCCUGCAAAAACCUCCCGACAUGAAAGGUGCUGUAUAAAAUGAUUGAAACAAUCAAGUUACGUCGUGGAGGGGCGUUGAAUUUUAAAUCACAUUAUGAGUACCUGUGUGCUCUUCAGGACACGGUGCCAUUGCAAGCAGUAAAAGCAAAUUUAAGUCAAGGUGCUUUGGACAUUAAUGGUGAUCGCAUCAAGCUUUCUGACUGGGAACCUAUUCUCAGCACAAUCAGUAUUAACAACCAUCUAUCCUUCCUUGCUGUUAGAAGUUAUCAUCAGCCAAGUGUUGGAGAAAUGGGUUAUGAACGACAUCGACAAUAUUUCAGAAAACGGAUAUCAGCUAUUCGGUCGAAAGAUUUGACAUUCAGACUCUGUAAGUCAGUUAGAGAUUGCCUGAGUGUUUCCAGGAGUUUGAAAACGCUUGAGCUGCAGGGAUUGCCAUUGAGGCACAGAGACCUUAUGGUAUUAUCAAAGGGUUUAUCCAAUUCAAAAUCAUUGGAUAAUCUUUUGUUAGCAUACUGUCCAAUAGGAGAUGAAGGACUGGAAAUCAUCUGUCAAAGUGUGAAGAAUUCUGCAACAAUCAAAACUGUAAACUUCACAGGCUGUAAUUUAACAUGGCGUGGAGCAGAACACAUGGCCAACAUAAUCAAGUACCAAACAACAAAAAGGCAUGGUGAGGUCUGGGCAGAGAGCCUUCGUUAUAGGCAUCCUGAUCUUGAUUGUAUGACUGGCUUGCGUCGCAUUACCGUAAGUUGUAAUGCAUUGAUUGGUGAUGAUGGAGCUAUUGCUUUUGCAGAUGCCCUUAAUGAUGACCUGUGGCUGAAAGCGCUUGAUUUGCAGCAGUGUGGAAUUUCUGAUAAAGGAGCCAAAGCUUUGCUAGAUGCUUUGCAAUCCAAUGCGGCGCUUGUCAUUCUGGAUGUUAGAAAAAACCCACUGAUUGAUCCUGUUUUAGCAAAAUCCAUUAUUGAAAAAAUAUUGGUGAAAACAAAGGAAGUGAAUUCUGAGUACAAGUGGUUAUCACCGAUAUCUUCCAGAAACCCUGCUAAACAAAAGUCACGAAGAAAAGCAAUAUUGCUGGGGCAUAACUUGAAAGGAAAAGCUACAAUCCGUAUUGGUAAAAUUUUAGGUGCAAGAAAACUUACAGCUGAUAGAAGGAAGAGUUCUCAUGUUCAUCCAGAUGCUAUCCCUGAACCACUGCCUCCAGGUGCAGAAGGAUAUGUGCCAUGGCGUACUGCUGCACGUGCUCAUAGAUUCAGGGGCUUUUCUCCAGACAUGCCACUGCACCAAAAGGAAAUGCAGGCUGGCAGCCAUGUGAAGGUAACCCUGGAGAGUGCAUCAUCUUCAGAAACUGAAGAGUCCAUCUUAACUAGAAAACCACCAGUGGAAAUGACUGGUGGAGAGUCAUCGGAAUCAAUUACAGUAAAGCAGUAUAAACGAUUAAAGAUGGAACUGGAGGAAUGUCGGUUGAGGCUAGAGGAACAGAAGAGAGCACGAACAAGGGCUGAUGCUAAAUUCAUGGAGCUUGAAAUUGAGAAUACUCGUCUGAGAAACAUCAACCUUUCUAUGUCUGAGACUCUCCAAACACAGUCAGUGACAAAUACCAUUCUUGAAGAUGAAGGCGUGCUGGAAAGCAUCGAAGCCUCUUUCCAGAAAUUUCAUGCAUUUUUAGAUCUCUUAAAAGAUGCUGGCCUUGGACAAUUGGCCACCAUAGCAGGAAUAGACCAAUCAGAUUUUGGACUUGUGGGACGACCUCAGUUUUCAUCUACCGGUGGCAAGGAUCAGAAAGAACAAGAUGUUUCAACUGGAGAUGUAUGGCCACUAAGAACACAGAUGGACAGGCUUAACAGUGAAAAUCAAGUCUGUUUUAAAGAAGGUGCAUCGGCAGUGAUCCCCAAGUGUUCCAAAAAUGGAUGUGUUCAGUUUGCCAAUGAGUCGGUUGAUUCGAGAUUCGUUAAUCUGCAUUCAAGCCACUCCAGCUGUGGGGAUGAAGUUGCUGCUAGAUCUUCAUGUUCAAAUGGACCAGGAAACCACAGUGAUAGAACAAGGAAGCAGCCUACCUCAGGAAAAAAUGGACUACCCCAAAAGCAACUAGCUUCUCAUCAUUCGGGAAUAUGCCCAACCCAUUCGGUAAAGGGCCAGUUCGACGCUGGCACAGAUAGUCAAGAAGAGUUAUAAUAGAAGGAAAUUUCAUACAUUUGUUGAUGAGAUCAACAAAAUAAGCUUGCAAUCAUGCCUCCUUUACUCCCAAAAAAGGAGGAUAAAAUAAGCAAAAUACUGAUUAUAAAUAGUGUAUGCAAAUAGAUACAUGUAUUAUGAAAUGUUUCUCAAUCUGAAAGUUGAAACUAUCUGCUCAAAUUUGGAGGGAGAGGGAACUUCAAAACAGAUUACAUUGAGCAGUGGAUUACACGUAUGGGUUGUUGCUUUCAUGAGAAAAGGCACCUUCGUUGAUCACUGAAGAUUUAAUUGUCUAGGACUGACGCACAAUAGUAUUCACUUGUGAAAUUUUUUUUACUAUUGAUGUAAACAAUUAAGUAACAGAAGACCAAUUAUAGAGCACACAGUAUCUUCCUUUACCCUUCCUUUCUCUUUAUCCCUCCAAACAUUUAACAAAUAUAUUUUAGUCCGUGUUAUCAAUUUUUCAGGAUUUCUGAUCAUAAACAAUUGCCCUUUGCAUGUGUAGUAGUAUGUUCAGAAUCUACCAUUGUAAUAUAUUCUUGGGAAUUUGUGUAACCCAUGGGUCAAUUUGCCUUCUAGUCAAAGAUAUGAAUCAUCUAUUCUUUUAAAAAAAACACAGAAAAUUGGCCCUUCUGCCUUGAAAUUGUACUGUACAAGUAAUGCAUUAUAUUUUUUAAAUUAUUUCUUUAAGCAUUAUUUUACACAUUCAUCAGAAUCUGUGAAUUACACUAAUGCAGUUUUGUAUUAAAUGUGCUAUUACCUACUUAUAUAUUAUGAAUUUGAUGUAAUCCAGGCUGCUGUUUGUUCCAUUAAUCUGCGCUUUAUCAAAAAGAAUUGAAAGCUACAUUUGUACAAUUCCAAAUUAAUUUUUGCUAGUCUUGUCUGUUACACACACAAAUUUCAUAAGUCAAAACAUUUUGCUAAAUUUCUCCUUGAUUUUGAAUUGGUAGUCGGUGAAGUAAAUGUUGAUUUUUGACAUGCAGGUUUUGAAUAGAUACUUACAGUAAAUUCACCAAUCUUCAUA